GUCCUGGGGCAGGUCUAUGUCCAUAUCUUUAGAUCUUCCUUUCUGGGCUGAUCCUCCAGAAGAGUCUUCCAGUUUCUUGUCUGGAGGAUAUGUGUCUGGUGUCAGCAUUUUAGGAGCAGAAUUGAGAAAAAAGACUGAUGGUCUCGGCAUUCAGUGGGUACAACUCUCUUGACUCAGGUUUUGGUGGAGGACACCCACCCUCAGUGUGCCUGAUAUCCCCCUGUCCAGAGACACCCACUAUCGGUUUUAUACUCCUCAGAAUAUAAAUCACUUGUCCUCCACUGGAGUUGAGGAGAGCCUUACUAACUGCGGUGGAGUUGUGUAUAUAUGCAGAAGGAGGAUCUGGGAAUUCAACUGUUUCUUAAGAGUCUGCCAAUCCGUUCUUCUGUUUUUAGCUCAUCUUUCACCCUCCUUCCAUAGCUUUCUCCUGCUACCAAUUCCGAGCCUUUGCAGGGGGUUUUAAGUGCAAUUUAGGUUGUGUCUUAGCUUUCCUCCUUGCUAAACUAGGAAUAUCUUUUAAACCUUGGGUAAGAUACAGUUCUUAAACAAAACACAAAAAGACAUUGACUAUGAAAAACUAUUCUUCAAGUUGUUCAUCACCUUAAAAAAAAGUGCCAAGUCUACCAAAAGAUUAAUAUCAAGAACAUAAUAAAGAACUCCUACACCUCAAUACGAGGAGGACAAUAACUCAAUAAAACAAUUAACAAAAGACUUGAACUGAACGUGUGUUUCACAGAAGAGGAAACACAUGUGGGCACAGACAUGAAGAGAUGUUCAGCACCUGAAUAAUGAGGAAAAUGCAGGUCACAGCCGCAACGAGAGACCAUGUUUCACUCAUUCAAUUGGCAGAACUUAGGAAGUGUGACCGAUUCAAAUGUUUAGUCUGUGGGUCCAUGGCUUCUCUUACACAUAUUACAUGAGGCUGUAAACUGGAAUUAUUCUCCAGUGACUUAGGAGAAUAAUUGAGCAUUCCGCUCCCAGGAGUACACCCAAGAGAAAUUCUUUUAUGUAGUACAAAAGGAGACAUAGACAGGAAUAGUCAUAGCAGUACUGUCCACAAUAUCAAAGACCUGGAAACAGCCCAGAGGCCCAUCAACAGGACAGUAGAAUAUUAUACAGCAGAAAGAACAAAAGAACCAGUGUGACAUGCAGCAGUGUGAAUGGCUCUUAGCAAUAUAAUACUAAGUGAAAAAAGACAAAGUUAUACUAUAAUCCUCCAAAAGAUGAUGGAUCAACCUAUAAGAUUGAACUUGAAGGGAUAUCGGUAAUGGUUAUGAGAGAGAUCCUGGAUUACAUCUUCAGUGGGCAGAUCCGGCUAAACGAAGAUACAAUCCAAGAUGUUGUACAGGCAGCAGACCUGCUCCUGCUGACGGACCUUAAGACUCUGUGCUGUGAGUUUCUAGAAGGCUGUAUCGCUGCUGAGAACUGCAUCGGGAUCCGAGACUUUGCCCUGCAUUACUGCCUGCACCACGUCCAUUACCUCGCCACGGAGUACCUGGAGACUCAUUUCCGAGACGUCAGCAGCACAGAAGAGUUCCUAGAACUGAGUCCACAAAAGCUUAAAGAAGUGAUUUCUCUUGAGAAGUUAAAUGUUGGCAAUGAAAGAUACGUCUUUGAAGCAGUCAUUCGAUGGAUAGCACAUGACACAGAAAUAAGAAAGGCCCACAUGAAGGAUGUUGUGUCCGCGCUCUGGGUUUCAGGGUUAGACUCCAGCUACUUGCGGGAGCAGAUGCUGAACGAGCCCUUAGUACGAGAGAUUGUCAAGGAGUGCAGCAACAUUCCGCUCAGCCAGCCACAGCAAGGGGAGGCAAUGCUGGCAAACUUCAAACCGCGGGGUUACUCCGAGUGCAUCGUGACUGUGGGUGGAGAGGAAAGAGUCUCACGGAAACCGACAGCAGCGAUGCGAUGUAUGUGCCCUCUUUAUGACCCUAAUAGGCAGCUUUGGAUUGAACUGGCCCCUUUAAGCAUGCCAAGAAUUAACCACGGAGUGCUCUCAGCAGAAGGAUUUUUGUUUGUAUUUGGGGGCCAAGAUGAAAAUAAGCAGACCCUGAGCUCAGGAGAGAAGUAUGACCCAGAUGCAAAUACGUGGACUGCAUUGCCACCUAUGAACGAGGCAAGGCAUAACUUUGGAAUUGUGGAGAUAGACGGGAUGCUGUACAUUUUAGGAGGAGAGGAUGGUGAAAAAGAGCUCAUUUCCAUGGAGUGUUAUGAUAUCUAUUCUAAAACCUGGACAAAGCAACCUGAUUUGACCAUGGUUAGAAAGAUCGGCUGCUAUGCAGCUAUGAAAAAGAAAAUCUACGCCAUGGGCGGAGGAUCAUAUGGAAAACUUUUUGAAUCUGUGGAAUGUUAUGACCCGAGGACCCAGCAGUGGACUGCUAUCUGCCCCCUGAAGGAGAGAAGGUUUGGCGCUGUCGCCUGCGGAGUCGCCAUGGAGCUCUACGUGUUUGGGGGAGUGCGAAGUCGCGAGGACAUCCAGGGUGGUGAGAUGGUGACCUGCAAGUCAGAAUUCUACCAUGAUGAGUUUAAAAGGUGGAUCUAUCUUAAUGACCAGAAUUUAUGCAUCCCUGCCAGUUCUUCUUUUGUGUAUGGAGCUGUACCCAUAGGAGCCAGUAUUUACGUAAUCGGAGAUCUUGAUACAGGUACCAAUUACGACUAUGUGCGUGAGUUUAAGAGAAGCACGGGAACCUGGCACCACACUAAACCACUCCUCCCCUCCGACCUUCGCCGCACCGGAUGUGCAGCCUUACGUAUUGCAAAUUGCAAGCUUUUCCGCCUGCAGCUUCAGCAAGGCCUGUUCCGUAUCCGUGUUCAUUCACCUUGAAGAGGAGGCGGAGUGGAAGCAGAGCUCCUGACCAAGUGCACCACAACACGGCUUUCUGUGAGGGGGCAGAGUUGGCAGCUGGAACUUGCUCUGCGUGCCGGGCUUUGUAUGGUAACUCCGGUGGUUUUAUAAUGCUUAGAGGCUAGAGCUGCAGCUCUUGUUUGGGAGAACACGUAACUGUUGAAAAACUACCUGGGAGGAAUCAGUUCCUCCAGUUAGAUGCAAACAAACAGAGGCUAGUAAAUGUCAAAAGGAACAGGGAAGUGGGCAUUGGUAUAAUGUAACAUACUGACGUUAAAAUACUAAGGUGCAUUCUCCCUAAAGGGACCUCGUAUCUGACUGACUGCUGUGUGCGAGUCCCUGGCUUUGGUAAACAAACAAACAAACAUCCGUAUAUGCAAAUCAACAUAUCCUAACAUACCAAGAUCGCUUUCUCCUGCACUCGGGACGAAACAUUAUGCCUGACCCUGCCCAACCAAGUAAGGUUUGUGCCUCAAACGUUAGAUUGGACUGUAUGCCAGCUCGUGUCCAUAUACUACUAGUACUCUGUCCUGAGAAUCUUUUUAAACUAUAUUAUGAUGAAUUGAAACUAAGAUAAAAUUUCUCUGAUGACAUUCUAUCUUAGUAAUCUAAAGAUUUAAUCAAUUAAUGAGUCAGGUUGCAGCCCUCCUGUGAAUUUAAAGGGAGUCGCUAACUUCUGUGUUAAUUAGAUCAAGAUAUGUCAUGCCAUCAUUUCUGGGGUAGUACUCUUGGAGUUGUGAAGGAUCUCAUGCAGUGACAUUCUUCUUUUCAAUUAAUCAAAACCAUUUUAUAAACAUGAGGAUAUAGUAAGUAGGAGAUUUUAAAAAGAACGACCUGAGUCAGACGGAAAAAAGGUCUGCCGUGACUAAAAAAAACUGUCCAGACAAAAUAUAUAGGGAUCAAAAACUUUUAAAAAGAAUCUGUCUGAAAGCACACAAAGUCUUGUUUACUACUGUUUAGGAUGAAAACUUGUCUUAGAAUGCGGAUCUUUGUUAAGAAUCUAGUCUUUGUAGUAGAAUUUUCUCAAUGCCGUUCACUAGUCAGAGUUCUAGACAAAUUACGUUACAGUAAAGUUUGGCUGGUAGAAAAAACUACCUCAACUUAAUUGCAUUCUGUUCACUGCAGAGCAAAUCCCUGCUUUCCUCCUCCCGUCCCCUCCCGGCCCACUCUCCCGCUUCCCAUUGGGGGGAAGUCGGUCAUUAGUAGCACUUACCUUAUAAGGUAUUUUGUUUUCCAUUCAAAUUAUACCACCUUAGUGUGAAAUCAGGGACUUCAAAGUGCUUGAUUAUGUCAUAAUUUGAAUUUUAUGCAAUAUCAGAUUUCUAGUCAAUUUAAUAUAGAAGUCUUCAUUUUUAAUUGUUUUCUACAGCUUUUGUUUUUCUGUUAGAAUAUGGCUCUAAGAAGCAGCAUUUUGUCUUAAUGGUUAAUGUAUAAAUGUAUCCUUUGGGUGUAAAUUUAAGAACAGGAAUUUCUUCUAGAAACUUCCUGUGUGAAAUGUUUGUUUGCUAUUAACUUGCAUAUGAGACAUCGAUUAUGUUUUCCCACCACCAACAGAAAAAAGGGUGAACAGUUCUUUUCUUACAGCUGUUGGUAGUCAACACAAUGCUAUGAAAGUUGCUGAAGGAGCCUUGCCUGUGGGGCUCUAAAGAGCGUUAUUGGUGGCACGCUACCUCUGUCCUGGCAGAAGGUUCUGGAAGCAGAAGGUGUGAGGGUUUCUCUUCUCUGUCAGAGGCACUGGGCCAGACUUGCCACACAUUUGUGUAACACAAUCAAAUUCAAUAAGUCAAUCAGAGCCAGCCUCGUCUCUUUGCACCGUGUGCCAGUCAGCUGUUGUCUGCAUGCUUUCCCAACGAUACUUGGAUAUUUUUUGAUUGAAGCAGGCUGUGUGGCCACUGCAAAGAAAGAAAACUUUCUUUUUACGGUUAGAUUUAGGGGAAACAAGUUGCUGAAAAGAUGAAUUUUCUUUGGUAAAAUACUUAGUACAGAGCAGAGCCGUGGCAUUCAGAAGCUGCGGUUGCGGUACAUUGAAGGAGUAACUGAUGUCUUCUUAAAGCCAUGGCAGUCAGCAGACGCUCUUCUUUUUCUUUUAAUUUCUGAAGUUUGAAAUUCUUCCCAUCUAUGCCAGACCUUUCCAAGGAGACACGCUGUUGUUCCGGAGUGAACGGGCCCCUCUUGCAGUAUUGUCAGUGCCUGCGGGACUUGCUGAAUUCAUUUUAUAGAAGUAGUUCUUUUUUCCUUUUCAUUCAGUUCAUUGACACUGUAGCUACAGAAAUUAGGGAAUAUUUUAAAAAAUAAAUUAGCCGCAUAAUAUGGGAUGCAGUAACCAACACAAGCUGCUAAGUGCCAAACUGUUAUUUUACUAAUAUAUAUAUUUAAAAAUAUUAUGUUGAAGUGUAGGGAUGUACUCAAUUUUAUUAUAUCCCAAAAGUAAUCAUGACUUUUUGUAAAUUACAGGUAUUUCAGUAUUGUGAAAUAAAUUUUAACUCUUUUCAUGCA